GGCCCCUCCCACUCGACGCCUUCAUGUUCAGGUACUAGCUGCAACCAACUGCUACGCUUCCUGUCAACCGGACAGUGGCAUUGGAACCGUAACGACGUAUUUUCUCAGGUUUAUUGUGGAGUCAGGUCGACGACAACUCCCAACUCUACCAUCCGAGCAUAGUUCGCUGCGAAAUAUUGUUGAUAAAGUGCUGACCGUAGUGAAUGUCCUCAUGCCAGUCCUCCACUAGCGAAUUCUGAAGUGAAGGGCUACGCGGAAAGGACAGGGAAAGGUGACACUCGUGAGAAGCCUCUCUUUAUAGUGUUAACGGCUGAAAAGGUAUCGGACAUCACUCGGGUUGUUCACUAGAUUGCAAUGACAGAGGCAAUUAAGGAUGCCAAGUUGCUGGAGGUGAAACAGGCCAGCAAAGAAGUCAAGGAGAGCGAGAAUGUAGCGGAGAAAUAUUCCGCUAUGACAGUCAGGACCGCCGAGAUGAACGUGGAAGAAUUGUCCGCAGCCUUCACUGCAGUACCUACUCACAAAUCUGUCAAGAAGCAGAUCCAGUUUGCCAACACGGAGGACAAGCAGGAGUUCAGCAAGUUCCCCACCAAGGCCGGCCGACGCUCCCUCUCUCGAUCCAUCUCCCAGUCCUCUACUGACAGCUACAGCUCAGCGGCCUCCUACACGGACAGCUCUGACGAUGAGACGUCUCCGCGGGAGAAGACCCAGGCCAACUCCAAAGGCAACAGCGACUUCUGCGUCAAGAACAUCAAGCAGGCCGAGUUCGGACGCCGCGAGAUCGAGAUCGCUGAGCAAGACAUGUCUGCCCUGAUGGCGUUGAGGAAGAGGGCACAGGGAGAGAAGCCUCUGGCGGGGGCCAAGAUAGUGGGCUGCACCCACAUCACCGCACAGACUGCCGUGCUUGUGGAGACGCUGGUGGCGUUGGGAGCUCAGUGUCGCUGGACCGCCUGCAACAUCUACUCCACCCAGAACGAGGUGGCAGCCGCCCUGGCAGAGUCCGGUGUGGCGGUGUUUGCAUGGAAGGGGGAGUCGGAGGAUGACUUCUGGUGGUGCAUCGACCGCUGUGUCAACACAGAGGGCUGGCAAGCCAAUAUGAUCCUGGAUGAUGGAGGGGACCUGACCCACUGGGUCUACAAGAAGUACCCCAACGUCUUCAAGAAGGCCCAGGGCAUUGUGGAGGAGAGCGUCACUGGAGUCCACAGGCUGUACCAGCUGUCUAAGGCGGGCAAGCUGUGUGUCCCCGCCAUGAAUGUGAAUGACUCAGUCACCAAGCAGAAAUUCGACAACCUCUACUGUUGCCGGGAGUCCAUACUGGACGGGUUGAAGAGGACCACAGAUGUGAUGUUCGGAGGAAAGCAAGUGGUGGUCUGUGGCUAUGGAGAGGUUGGAAAGGGAUGCUGCAUGGCACUUAAAGCCUUGGGAGCCAUCGUCUGCAUCACCGAGAUAGACCCCAUAUGUGCCUUGCAGGCCUGCAUGGAUGGCUUUCGUGUAGUGAAGCUGAACGAAGUCAUUCGCCAAAUGGACAUGGUCAUCACGUGCACAGGAAAUAAGAACGUGGUGACCAGGGAGUACUUGGACCGCAUGAAGAACGGCUGCAUCGUAUGCAACAUGGGCCACUCCAACACCGAGAUCGACGUGGCCAGUCUGAGGACCCCGGAGUUGACGUGGGAGAGGGUGCGGUCCCAGGUGGACCACGUCAUCUGGCCCGAUGGGAAGAGGGUCAUCCUGCUGGCAGAGGGUCGGCUCCUGAACCUCAGCUGUUCCACCGUCCCCUCCUUUGUACUCUCCAUCACCGCUACCACUCAGGCCUUGGCCCUGAUCGAGCUGUACAACGCCCCAGAGGGACGCUACAAGCAGGAUGUCUACCUGCUGCCCAAAAAGAUGGAUGAGUAUGUGGCGAGUUUGCACCUUCCAAACUUCGACGCUCACUUGACUGAGCUGUCCGAUGAGCAGGCCAAGUACAUGGGACUGAACAAGAACGGACCAUUCAAGCCCAAUUACUACAGAUAUUAAUUAUGAAGAGGAAAAGUAAGACAUGCAAGAGGAAAUCAGUAGUCUUCAGAGUCCAAAAGUAACUUUUUUAUUAUUAAUAUAAUUUCAAAUCAAGUUUUAAUCUAUUAUGAGUCAAUAUUUAUAUCUUCAUGAUACAAUUAAAUAUCCAAUUAUAUACCUAUAGGUAUGGUGACCAAUGAUACUUCCUUAAUUCUCCAGUUAUAAAGAUUAUGUCUUAAAUGAUGUCUUAAUAUAUGUUUUCUAUUGUUGAUUGAUUACUUUUUUAAGAAUCCAAAUGGGAACUUGUUACUGAUAGUCCACUAACAGAAAUAUUGCAAACCGUGCCAAAGUCUGGCCACACAAUUGGAACAGAAUGUAUUAUGUAUUCUUUGUGUGGUGUUAGUUUUUUUUUUUCCCUGUUAUAUACUGUAUGUGUUGUCAAAAAGGAAAGAUAUAGGAAAAGAUAAAUAUAAUUUAGAUCAUUAUUGAUAAGGAAAUGUCAAAAUUAAUCAACAUUUAAUGCAUCAGAGAUCCCUAUGUUAGAAUGUUGACCUGUAUUUCUGUGUUACAUGUGUAAAAUGAAGGAAAGGAAAAAACAUGUAUAGUGGAUUAAAUAAUUUUUACUGAUAUAUUAUUUCUAUUUUAGCUUCUAUUUUAGAAAAACAAGUUAUUUGUGUAAGCUUUACUAAGCUCAGGAGUGCAUGGAGCACAGAUAUAGAUGUAAUAUUACUCCCUGGACCUGGAAUCUUCUCUGUCUUCAAAGCAGGGAUUACCCAUCACCACCAGUCAUCAUCACUGCAUCAAAUGCUGCUGUAAUAGGCACUUAUGUAUUUCAACACUUCAUUAUCAAUUACCGUAAUUAUGUUUUCCAGUUGCCUUAUUUAGAGGAAAUGACAGGAGGUUAUUAUACACGAUUAUGUUUUGGUUGUUAUCAUAGUAAGCAGGCUGUUUCCAAAAGACUGAAAUGCCUCAACUCCUCUGCAAAACCUGGAAAUCACACUACACAGCAUGGCACUUACUAUUAUCAUCUUUUUCCCGAGUUAACCAUUUUCAGUAGCUGUUGUAAUUGACUUGUUGAGCUUAUAAGAUAUUUUUUACAUCUUAUAUUUUGUGACUUCAUGUUUAUAAAAUAACUCAUUACCCUAUAUAUGCCUACUCUGUAACACUCAAUUCCUCUAUUUUCUCCUAAUAACCUGGACCCUUUAAGAGCUUGUGUAUGUAGGCUACACUUGUAGUGCAAAAAGGCUUGAAGGAAACAUCACUGUGAAUUUCAACAUGGGAAACCAUUUACCAUACGUGUUGAUUUUCUUGAUGACUGAGAUAUGCGUCUGGACACCUAGUCUUUCCCAUGGCCUCACUGUGUGUCGUUAUAUUCGCAGCAUAUGUGUGUUGUGUUUCAAAUGUAUGGAGUAAAUGCUGUUUUAGUGCAAAUAUUUGCAUCAUAAUAAAUAAAGUUAUAUGUCACUCAAGUUAGUCACGAGUUUUGUUUUAUUUCUUUACGUUCUGAGUUACUCACCACCACCAUGACGAAGGGUAGGCUACCAUUACGCUAAUGUCCGCUAAUGUAAUUUAUCCGAUAAAGUGCUGUGCGUUAUUACGCAGAAUAUUUCCUUGUAAUAACUCGUCUCAACGACUAAUGUAAGCAAUUCCUCCGUGAACGCGACAGACUGUAACUAAACUGUCGUCUUGUCUUUGGGCUGUGCGCAA